AUUUCUCGGAUUCCAUUCAGUUUUUUCGUUCCUGCACUACACAAGGGUCAAAAGUCACUAGAUCAUUCCGGCUAUGUCUUAAACAGACAAACAACAACGCACAAUUAAUUACGACAAAUUGAGUUAUGAGACACGUAAUAGUCCUAGUCCACCUACAACCUACAACUACUGUUUAUUAACUAAUUUUAUCCAUACACCACCGCUAAUGUACUCGUUGAAUUACAACGAAUUUUCAGUCAUUUCUACGAACCCGCGUUAUAGUGUGUAUACGUUACGGAGAUGCGUCUCUUUUUUUUAUUGUGUUUAUCUUUAUUCAAUUUGUGCAAAGGGGUACAAGAGAAUGGUGCCCAUCAAUCAUGCGGUGAUAUUAGAACACAGAACAAGAUACUUAUAAAUCAGUUAAUCGGUAUUUGGUUUGGAGUUGAAAUAAUUUCGCACAAACUAGACGAUCCCGUUGAAACGGUAACAUUAGAUGUCUGUCCCAUUAUAUACAUAGAAGAAAUGAAAGACGAAAUUAUAACUGAGACAAUUUAUGGUACCGAUAUAACGUACGAAGAAGAUACCGAAAGCAACCCUUAUCGUACCACCACAGAAUUAAACAAAUACUACAACAGAAGGUGGGAAGAAGAUACACAUAAUAGUGGUCGCCUUUAUAAAAAUUGGAAACAACCCCAAUAUGCCCCUGGCAAUCGCCGAUAUGACCUAAUAAAUGGUAAUAGAGUUAGGCACAUGAAACGACUCAAACUGGAGUGGAACGAAAAUGGAAAACGAAUAACUUAUAUUGUAAGCUAUGAUAAUUCUAAGCUUGGAUUUUGGAGAAGUUCAGCGCCCCAAAAUGGCAUGACGAUGGAUCCCCAUUUUAAUCAUUUUGCGGGUGCUAUUCACGUAAUAAAAGCAGUAGGGGGUCAUCUUGUUCUGACAUUUUGUCAUCUAAUGCCCGAACGACACUUAUACACAUUGAUCCUUUCGAGAGAUCCCGAAGGAUUGAAGCCAUGGGAAGUAGGAAGUGUGCAUCAUUUACUGUUGACCGAAGGAUUACCGGUGAGGAAAGUGAAAAGGGUCUGCAGAAACGGAAGUGCACGAAAUGAUAAUUGCUUGUUGGUUGGAAUAUUAGCAUUGAUUGGUACUGCGUUAUUCCAAAAGCAUUUGCUAUUGUGAAACGAUUGUUAGAAGUUUAGAGGGAUUUUAAAAUUUAAAACUUAAUUGUCAAACAGCUAAAACUUUGUAAUAAAAUUACAGUAAAACAAUAAAAUAUUACUUGUUAAGUAUCGCAUACUUUCCCCACUCAGAAUGUGAUAUGCAGGUGCAUUUACAGUACACUUUACUUUCACAUUAUAUUGAACACCGUCCUGUACAGGGUAGGUGAAUUGAAGUGUCUUUUUAACUUAGAUUAUAGAAGGUGGGUUUAAUAAAUACAGGAGUUGUUAGGAUAUAUUAAUCACACAUCAAUAUCAUCGAUCUAAUAAUACGAUAUAUACAUUCAGUGACGAUUGAGAGAGAAACCGAACAUAUGGCCAUGACCUCUGAGAUAGAACACCGACGCGAGGAAUAGGGUCUUGGCUGACGUCCCCAGAGUAGGAAAAAAUAUUUUAAUUAAUAUUCUGCUUUGAGAACACUUUUUACACUUUCUAAUUUAAAAUGUAAUAGAUGUAGGGUUCCUAGCUAUAACAUGAAAUGAGAAAAGUUGAACAUUUUGUAUACUGUCCUAUGUCCUAAAUAGGUGUUAAAGAUACUCGAAAUACAAUAAUUUGAUAAAUUUGUUCUUAAGUCCUUACCAGAAUCAUUAGGAUAAAACUAAAGGUUCUUAUUUUCGAGGUUAAACAUUCAAUUUACGUAGUAUAACAGUAAAUACUUUCCUUUAUUAAGAUGA